AAGGGAUUUGCGCGCAUAGAUUUAAUUUACUAAUUGAGUCUGUAUUUGUCCUGAGAGAAGGUAUCGGUGGAACGGUUUGACUGAGGGAUUCAGAGGUUUGUGUUGGUGGUGGCAGAUAAGCUCCAUUUAUAGCAAAGAAAAAUGAGUGAACUCGAUCAGCUACGUCAGGAGGCUGAGCAACUCAAGAACCAAAUCAGAGAUGCAAGGAAAGCGUGUGCAGAUGCCACUCUGGCUCAGAUCACAGCCAAUAUUGAUCCAGUGGGUCGGAUUCAGAUGCGCACUAGGCGUACACUGAGAGGGCACCUGGCUAAAAUCUAUGCGAUGCACUGGGGUACUGACUCCAGGCUGCUAGUUAGUGCCUCUCAAGAUGGCAAGCUUAUCAUUUGGGACAGCUACACCACAAACAAGGUUCACGCUAUCCCAUUGCGUUCAUCUUGGGUAAUGACAUGUGCAUAUGCCCCCUCUGGAAAUUAUGUUGCCUGUGGUGGACUCGAUAAUAUUUGUUCCAUUUACAACCUGAAAACCCGUGAAGGAAAUGUGCGAGUGAGCCGUGAGCUGGCUGGACACACAGGUUACCUGUCCUGCUGCCGUUUUCUGGAUGAUAACCAAAUUAUUACAAGCUCUGGAGAUACCACUUGCGCUCUGUGGGACAUUGAAACUGGUCAACAAACCACCACAUUCACUGGGCACACUGGUGAUGUAAUGAGUCUGUCCCUGGCCCCAGAUUCCAAGUGCUUUGUGUCUGGAGCCUGCGAUGCAUCCGCCAAACUUUGGGACAUCAGAGAAGGAAUGUGUCGACAGACCUUCACUGGACACGAGUCUGACAUUAAUGCCAUCUGUUUCUUCCCCAAUGGCAAUGCCUUUGCCACUGGCUCUGAUGAUGCCACUUGCAGGCUUUUUGACCUUCGUGCUGACCAGGAACUGAUGGUUUAUUCCCACGAUAACAUCAUCUGUGGAAUCACUUCAGUAGCGUUCUCAAAGAGUGGACGCCUCCUCUUAGCUGGCUAUGAUGAUUUCAAUUGCAAUGUCUGGGACACACUUAAGGCUGACAGAGCAGGUGUCCUUGCUGGUCAUGAUAAUCGUGUAAGUUGCUUGGGGGUAACAGAUGAUGGCAUGGCAGUGGCAACAGGCUCAUGGGACAGCUUCCUUAAAAUCUGGAACUAAAGUCUACACCCAGCGGAUUUCUCCGUGACUGGAAGACCAUUCCAACCUUCAAAAUUUUAAAUCAUAGCAUAUCUGAUCCAACCGUACUAACGUGGACACCCAUUCUCCCUACUCCCAUACAUCAAGGGCAGAAUCCUCUCCCCUCAUUUUUGCUGAGACAAAGAGCACAAUUAUUUGCUAUAGGAAGUUUUGUUUUUUGUUUUUGGGUUGUUUUUUUUCCUUUUGGUAUUGAAACAAAAUUGUGCAUUCCUUUUGGGACCAUUUUGGGUUUUGUUUUUUUUAUGUAUAUUCCCCACUUCAUCCAUUAUCCCUCCAUUUGUCUUGAAUAAUGAUACAAAACACUAUACACAACAAGAUGUAAUCAAGAAGUAGCUAUCACAUGUAAAGUGAAAUUCAGGAUUGUUCAUCUGAAGGUUCUAGAACAGUGUGUCUGAUUCUGCUUUUUGUAGAGUCUGAGGUUUUCGCAGUUUUUAUAUAAAAAAAAAAGUGAAAUAUCAACUGCGACUUUGACAGGAUUUUUUUUAAUGUAUGGCUCAUAGUCAAGUGCAGGUGGAAAGUAAGACCUCUGUAUUAGGGCCUCGUGCUGUAGACGUUUCCCUGUAUUUUUUUUUUUUUUUUUUUUUUUUUUUUUAAUUGUGAAUACUGUUGCACAGGAUUACAACCAAUGUAACUUUUUUUUAAUUAACCACAUGCCCUUUUUGAAAUACUGAAGCAAUUAAAACACUUCCCUCCAGUAAUAGUUGCUUUUUGAGGUUCAGGUGUUUAGGAAUGGUAAUGGGAUACCUGUUUUAACAGCAUAUAAUGUUUUUUGGAAUGCUGCCCCAGAUGUAGCUACGGGGCGUCGGAAGAACUUAAGCAAGUGUACAGAUCAUUACACAACUGAUGCCAAUAAACUGUGUCCUCUUCUGUAUGUGUUUUCACCACUCCUACUCACUGUACUCAAAGAUUAGUGGUUGAGAGCAUUCAAGAAUUGCAAAGCAAUACUGUGCAGAUCACCUGUGCUCUCAGGUUCACAUUAAGUCCCCUUAUCCAAUUUGAAUGUGGGAGACAUUGUUGCAAAGCAGAUGAUUGCUUAUUCUCUGCUAUUCCUUGUGAGAUGCCAGCUGCCUCCAUGGAAUACUUAUUGGCACCUGUGUCAAGUACAGUUUAAUGUGUUUGAUUUAUGAGAUGCUCUUUGAGCAUAGGCCUAUAUUUCUAGAAAAGGAAUCAAGGUAGAUCUGAUACUAAAUGCUGUUUUCCAGUUUCAUCAUGCAGAAAAUAAAAUAAGGGCAGUUCUCACGGGUUUUUUUUUUUGGUUUUUUUUCUUUGUAGUUCUGUUGAUCUUUUGACCUUCACUUUCCAACACAUGUCAAAUCUUUAUUCGUAGAAAACAUGAAGCAUUCAACUCCAAUUCUCUUCUCUCUCCCCCCCUUUUCUCUCACCCUCUUCCCUUACUCUUUUCCCCCUUAAAACUGGUUCCUAACACACUGGGCGUAGACUUUACAUUACACAAAAAAGGGUAAUUUACAAGAACACUACCCUGAUCCCGUAUCAUAUAUUAGGAGCAACCGUGGACAGAAGUACAUCUGUACUUUUGGAUAUAGUCAGAUGUGUAUGAAAUGAUGUACAAAUUAAUGUUUUUGAAAAUAAUGAUCUUGAACUUUCUAAGUUAAAACUUAAGAAAGCUUUUAUUCUUUUGUUGGCGGGGGUGGGGGUGUUUGCCAUAGGGAUGGGUUUUCCCUCUUAGGAUUGCAUGCUGUAGAGUUGCUUAAUAAUGUGCAAAUAGAAAAGUCCUUAAAUGUGUUUAUAAUUUUUUUUUUAUUUUUUUUU